AUGGAAAAUAUUCAACAACAUCAUCAGCAACAUGAUGAUGAACAUUUGGAAAAUCAUAACAAUACGAUUCGAAUACCAUAUGGUUGGAAACGAAAAUUAUUAUCAUCAUCACGAUAUGAUAAAAUUUAUUACAUAACACCAAGUGGUCAUGUAUUAUUAUCAAAUUCAGAUUAUUUAAUUUUGAUUCNUAAAACAUCAUCAUCAUGUGAACAAUGGUUUCAAUCAUUCGAUGAUAUCAAUGAAUUUCGUUCCCUGUUACUUGAUGUUAAUCUACAUUUAUUUUGUCAAUAUGAAUGUGAUUUAUAUGAAAUUUAUAAAAUCUAUCAACAUUGUAAUGAUCAAUCAUCAUUGACAAACGAUGAUGAUGUUGAUGAUAAAUCAAUAUUCAAUGAAUGGUAUUCAUCAUUCGAUUGGAGUCAGGUAAUGAUGACCAAAAAUGGUUGGCUAUUAACCAAACCACUACGUGAUUCGAAUCUAAAACAUUUGGCAUUUGAAAUGAAAAAUUCCGGUAUCAUAACUGGUGAUGGUCAACAUUGGUCGAAAAAUGCUAAUGAUGAAGACGAUGAUGGCAACGAUUCAGAUCGAAUAUCAAUUCCAAUUGAUAUUGUUGAAGCUUCCACUCAGAUUUCACAAGAAAUUGAACGAUUAGAAUUGGAAAUUAUCGAUGAAGAUCUCAAUUAUUUUCGUGAUAUUAAUGUUGGACAUCUACCAACAACAAAUCAAAUGUCGACCAAUGUUGAUAAUCAUAUUGUAAAAUAUUUAAACAAUAUCAUUCAAUCAGCCAAAUCAUUUCGAAUUGUUGAAAAUUUUCAUUCAAUAAUAUUUGAAUAUGGUGAUCCAAUAAUCAAAAUGAUUAUACCGAUUGCAAUGAUGAAUUUAGCUAUGAAUAAAUCAUUGGAUUGGCCAAACAUAACAUUGGAUUGGUUAAAGGAAAAUUUUCCCUUAUGUUUAAUAACUGAUGAUAAUCGACAGAAUAUUGUUGGUCCAUUUGAUCAUAUUGAUCCAUUUACAAUGCUCAAUCGAAUCAAUGAUGAUGAUGAUGAUCAAUCGAUAGAGAAUAAUGAGAAAUCUUUAAGAAAUGAUUUACAAAAAUCUGAAUCUUGUGUUGAUAAUUUUGAUAAUGAAAUAUGUUAUUCAUUAAUAUCGUCGACAGCAAAACCAUCAUCAUCAUCAUCGAUAACAAAAUUAUCAACAAUCGAUAUCGAUAGUAGUUGUUCAAGUAUACCGAUUGAAGUUAUCGAAGAUUUAGAUGAUAAUUUAGGACAUCAUGGACAUCAAUCAAUAAUGUUGGCCGAACAUAUUGAUUCAUCAGGAUUAUUGAAUUCAAACAACAACAACAAUGAUGAUGAUGAUGUUGAAAAUGAAGAAAUAAAUUUUGAAAUUCGUUUAGAAAAUUUAGAUGAUAAUGCUUGUUAUCAAAUGACAAUGAAUAUUCCAAAAAAUCUAUUGGAAACUGAUGAUGGUGAUCAAAAUGAAAUCGAUUGGAACAAUGAUGAUGAACAACAACAACAACAACAACAACAGACAGAAGAAAUCGGAUUGGAUCCAGUUGAUGGGCAAGUAGAAUUAAUUUCCAAUAUUAUGAUUGAAAAGAAUGAUUUCCACUUGAAUGAACCAAUACCAAAAGAAGAAGAAUCAAAUCAACAACAAGAAAUAAUUUUUAAUAAUCCUAAUGAACAGUCAGACGAAAACGAAUGCAACAACAACAACAAUGAAGAAGAACAAAUCAACGACGACGACGAUGAUGAUGAUUGUUUAAUUAUAAAAGAAAUUAUUGAAAAUUCAAUAAAACAAAGUUCAAAAGUUAUUGAUGAAUUAAUCGAUGAUGAUGACGAUGAUGAUUAUGAUGAUUAUGAUGUUGAAAGUUUAGAAUUGAUACAAGAUGCUAAUGAAAUUUUGAAAAUGUUACCAUCAUCAUCAUCGUCGUCGUCGUCGUCGUUGAAUGAGAUAAAAUCCAAAGAAAAAUAUUAUCAACGUUUACAACGAUUAAAAAGACAAUUAGAAAUUCAAUGUAUGCCCGGUAUGUCAUUAUGUUCGGAUGAAAAAGUUCAUCUUUCACCACCAUUACCACCACAAGAACGUAUAUUUAAUAUUGGUGAUCUGGUUUGGGGACCAUUUGGUGAUGUACGUUUUUGGCCAGGUAAAUUAAUGUCAUCAAAUGCUGAUGAUAAUGAUGAUGGUGAUAAGCUAAUUGUACAAUGGUUUGGUACAAAUAAUAUCUGUACAAAUGUAAUGGCAAAAAGUUUACGAACAUUAACCGAAGGAUUAGAAGCACAUCAUUGUGCAAAAAAACGUCAUCGUAGUGGAAAACCAAUCAAUAUUCAAUUGGAACAAGCUAUACAAGAAGCAAUGAUUGAAUUGGAUAAUUCAACACCGAAAUAAUUAUUUGUAAAAAAAAAUUUUUAUUUAUCAAAGUGA